UGUGCCAAUUACUCUCACAAGGAGUUUGAGGGCAAGAAGCUUGUCUCAGCCGCCAAGGAAGGUCUCAAGCUUGAUGAGAGUGAAGACGAGGCAAAGAAGAAGGAAGAGUUGAAGGAGAAGUUUGAGGGACUCUGCAAGGUUGUGAAGGAUGUUUUGGGUGACAGAGUGGAGAAGGUUGUGGUGUCUAACUGUGUGGUAGACUCUCCCUGCUGUUUGGUGACAGGCGACUAUGGCUGGACUGCCAACAUGGAAAGAAUCAUGAAGGCUCAGGCCUUGAGGGAUAACAGAGCGGCUGGGUACAUGUCGAGCAAGAAGACUAUGGAGAUCAACCCAGAGAACCCCAUCCUGGAGGAGUUGAGAAAGAGGACUGAUGCAGACCUUGUCCCAAGGCUUGCUCUUGUAGAUGCCGAUCUCAGAGAUUGCAUUAAAUUUGAAGGGUUUUCGACACACCUUACGCUUGAGGUAGUAAAUGACGAGUUCUUCGUCUGUUGGAUGGAAUCUGAACCCUGGAGCCAAAACGUGUUCGAUGUCGCAACUGGUAGUGGUCGCAGAGCUGAGAUAGAGACUGGCAGUGGUGGCGGAGCGCUGAGAGAUAAAGUGGUGGUGGUCACAGAGAACUGA